GGUCUUAGCCCCUCUGUAGGGAAAGAGGGUCCGCCAUGUUCCCCGGCGGCGCCGCCGCUUGGCUCUGGUAGCCGCCGCCCCCGCCCCCAACCCCGCCCGGCCCAGCGCCUAGCCGAGCCCCGGGCCCAGCAUGGCCGCCCCGGAGCCGGCCCGGGCUGCACCGCCCCCACCCCCGCCCCCGCCGCCCCCUCCCGGGGCUGACCGCGUCGUCAAAGCUGUCCCUUUCCCCCCAACACAUCGUUUGACAUCUGAAGAAGUAUUUGACAUGGAUGGGAUACCCAGGGUUGAUGUUCUGAAGAACCACUUAGUAAAAGAAGGUCGGGUGGAUGAAGAAAUUGCACUUAGAAUUAUCAAUGAGGGUGCUGCCAUUCUUCGGAGAGAGAAAACCAUGAUAGAAGUAGAGGCUCCAAUUACAGUGUGUGGUGACAUCCAUGGCCAAUUUUUUGAUCUGAUGAAACUUUUUGAAGUAGGAGGAUCACCUGCUAAUACACGAUACCUUUUUCUUGGUGAUUAUGUGGACAGAGGUUAUUUUAGUAUAGAGUGUGUCUUAUAUUUAUGGGUCCUGAAGAUUCUAUACCCAAGCACAUUAUUUCUUCUGAGAGGCAACCAUGAAUGCAGACACCUUACUGAAUAUUUUACCUUUAAACAGGAAUGUAAAAUUAAAUAUUCAGAAAGAGUCUAUGAAGCUUGUAUGGAAGCUUUUGAUAGCCUCCCUCUUGCUGCACUUUUAAAUCAACAAUUUCUUUGUGUUCAUGGUGGACUUUCACCAGAAAUACACACACUGGAUGAUAUUAGAAGAUUAGAUAGAUUCAAAGAGCCACCUGCAUUUGGACCAAUGUGUGACUUGCUAUGGUCUGAUCCUUCUGAAGAUUUUGGAAAUGAAAAAUCACAGGAACAUUUUAGUCACAAUACAGUUCGAGGAUGUUCUUAUUUUUAUAACUAUCCAGCAGUGUGUGAAUUUUUGCAAAACAAUAAUUUGUUAUCGAUUAUUAGAGCUCAUGAAGCUCAAGAUGCAGGCUAUAGAAUGUACAGAAAAAGUCAAACUACAGGGUUCCCUUCAUUAAUAACAAUUUUUUCGGCACCUAAUUACUUAGAUGUCUACAAUAAUAAAGCUGCUGUAUUAAAGUAUGAAAAUAAUGUGAUGAAUAUUCGACAAUUUAACUGUUCUCCACAUCCUUACUGGUUGCCCAAUUUUAUGGAUGUCUUCACCUGGUCUUUACCAUUUGUUGGAGAAAAAGUGACAGAAAUGUUGGUAAAUGUUCUCAGUAUUUGCUCUGAUGAUGAACUGAUGACUGAAGGUGAAGACCAGUUUGAUGAACGGCUCAUAUAUGGCAAUAAAAAAGUAGGUUCAGCUGCAGCCCGGAAAGAAAUUAUAAGAAACAAAAUUCGAGCAAUUGGCAAGAUGGCAAGAGUCUUCUCUGUUCUCAGGGAGGAGAGUGAAAGUGUGCUGACACUCAAGGGCCUGACUCCCACAGGGAUGUUGCCUAGUGGAGUGUUGGCUGGAGGACGGCAGACCCUGCAAAGUGCCACAGUUGAGGCUAUUGAGGCUGAAAAAGCAAUACGAGGAUUCUCUCCACCACAUAGAAUCUGCAGUUUUGAAGAGGCAAAGGGUUUGGAUAGGAUCAAUGAGAGAAUGCCACCCCGGAAAGAUGCUGUUCAGCAAGAUGGUUUCAAUUCUCUGAACACCGCACAUGCCACUGAGAACCACGGGACUGGCAACCAUGGUGCCCAGUGACCCACGGCUUCCCAGGGACUCUCACAUCUCGGGCCCCAAUGGACAGAUCACCCGAGGAGCUGGAGGGGUCGGCCAAGCUGACUGUAAAUGUCACAGUCCCUCUGGAGAAACCAUUGUGCUUUUGAGACCCCAGCCCCCUUCCUCAAUGGAGGCUUGAGGGCCCUGGGACAUGUUGUGCUAUCUGAUAAGGUUGGGUCAUCGCUGCCAAGGUGGAGAGCAAUGAGCAAGGGGCUUGGGGCAAUUUCCAGUGGAGGAUAACUACACCUCCAUUUAUGCUUGUGGUUCACACAUUUAAGUUUACAAAUGAUAUUUCUUUUUCCCCUCAGUAGAAAUAGAUUUUGUUUUUCAACCAUAACUUCAAAUAUAAUCCUAAGAGCUAAUGUGGACUUUUUUUUUCCCCCCCAUGAAAUGUCUUUAAAAGAUGAAUUAGCAUGGUCUUAAAAUACAUUUCUGAGGUUACUAAGCUGUAUUUUGAAUUAUGGGCAAAAUGCUGAGAAACCCAGUUGGCAUUUAUACAAAAUGCUGACCUCAGGUCUAUAGUUCUUAAAUGUGGCUAAUUCUGUAAUAUAGUCUUGGUAUUUUUCAAUUAUGAAUAGAUAACCUAUUUCUAGGCAGACUCUCUUACUUGAACACAAAUCCAAAAACUAAUUUACAGUCUUUCUUGCCCAGAUCUUUUGAGAUUUACAUCCUAGAAAUUUAAGAAGAAAACCUCUAAAUUUCAGAAUUAUGGAGAAUUACAGAAUUACUCAUUUAAGGUACUUUGGAAGAAGUUUGUACAUUGUCAAAGUAAAUUUUAAUUCAAAUCAUGUCUGUAAAACUUGACGUAUUUUGUGUAUGCAUGUUUUCAUUUUGCAAAUAUUUAAUAUAUAGACCUAUGAUGUACAGGUACGACAUGUAUAGGUUACCUAGAUGUUAUGAGAAAUUUUAGUUUAUUGUGAGUACUCAAGUUGCUUAAAUAGCCACCAGGGUGAUUAACUGCUGGCUUUCUAUCGUUUUUAUGUUUUGAUGCAAAGGAAAUUUUUAAAUGUUCUGGAAGUGUUUUUGAUUAAGCAGUACAGCAUAGAAGCAAUGGUUCUGUUCAGUCAUUCAGAUGUUAGUGGAAGCAUAAAAGUCAAGACUGCAUGUUGAACAUUUUCUUUGGAUAGUUACAGAACUGCUUGGUUAAACUAAAUGGAACCAUGUGCUAAUUCUUCACAAUUACUGACCUGUAUUGAUUGCCACUGUAGUUUGGUAUUUUCCUUUACUUUGGUGGCCUGCUUCCCUCAUGCCCUGGAAUACAACUCAGAGCUCCAGGCAGCGGAACCAUCUAUUGUUUGUUUGCCAGAAAGUGCACCCUGUAUGGUCUCCUGUCUAAGUUGGAAAUAUUAUGCAUGUGCAGGACUAUUCGAGUAUUUUAUAAACAGUAGCACACAAUAAAUUCCAUGCAUGGGCCGCUGCUCCUAUCUCUGUGUUGGGUUUUAUUUGGAAGAUGUAGUCUGAUUUGACCUUUUCAUGCAAAUCAGAAAAUCUUGUUAAUGGAACUGGGAUAUAUCCUUCAGAAAAAAAAAAUAUCUUAUGGAUAGUUCAUGGUAAUUUGAUGAAUUAAAUUCUUGUCUUCCUAAGUUUUGCUUUUUUUUUUUUAAAACUUUGGUUACACUUGUUUUAUAUGAGCAUUAGUAACUGAGCACUAGAAGACUCUGGGUAUCUAUUAUAGGCCUAAAUCUAUUAUUUAAAAUUACUGUUUCACUUAACUUUUAAUUGAAAGAAAAUGUUAUUGCCUAGAAUGUUGUUACAGUACUGUUUGGAAUUUAUUAGGUGUUUUUUUAACCAGAAGAAAAAAUGAUACUGCAUUUUCCUGCUAUUACAUUCUUUUCUUUGUCACAAUCACAAAAAGUAUAGAAUUUUGCAAAUUGAGGGAAGUUAGGAUGUUUCUCAACAUUUUAUAAUAAUAUAGUCUUACAGCAACUUCACAGUUUUCAACAAUAAUUAUUAUGAUACAUGGAGUUCCCAUCAUGGCGCAGAGGAAAAGAAUCUGACUAGGAUCCAUGAGGUUGCAGAUUUGAUCCCUGGCCUCAAUCAGUGGGUUAAGGAGCUGGCGUUGCCGUGAGCUGUGGUGUAGGUCACAGACGUGACUCAGAUCUGGCAUUGCUGUGGCUGUGGUGUAGGCCGGCACCUAUAGCUCUGAUUAGACCCCUAGCCUGGGAACCUCCAUAUGCCAUGAGUGUGGCUUUAAAAAAGACAAAAAUAUAUAUAUAAUAAUGAUACACAUUAUAAAGCAUUAAUUUAAAUUGAAAUAUAUAUACUUACCUAAUUCUGGGUAGCAAACAAAACACAAAUUGUUGAUCAUUACAGCUUCUACUUGCUGUAAUAUUAACUUGCAUCUCAGUUCAAGUGCUGCCUUUAAAGUUACUAUGCACAGAGUUCCCGUCGUGGCUCAUUGGUUAACAAAUCCGACUAGGAACCAUGAGGUUGCAGGUUCGAUCCCUGGCCUUGCUCAGUGGGUUAAGGAUCUGGUGUUGCUGUGACUCUGGUGUAGACCAGCAGCUACAGCUCCGAUUAAACCCCUAGCCUGGGAACCUCCAUAUGCUGAGGAAGCAGCCCAAGAAAUGGCAAAAAGAAAAAAUAAAUAAAUAAAGUUACUAUGUACUUUUUUACCUUAAAGAGUCUUCUGGAUGUUAUUGGUUUAUAAAAACUCUGCAUCUCUAAGUUAAAAGCUUAACUGAGGUAUCAGGUACCAGGAACUUUGUUAGCCCUUAGGUCCAUCAGUAGGGUUAUGUAGUAUUUAUGGGAAUCAUGGGUAAACAUAAAGCAUCAUUAGCAAACUAGAGGAAUUAUAGGUUAAUGGUAAAAAUUAAAAAGGAGAAAAUAAGAAGUAAUGGAACUCAAGGAAGUAUACAUAAGAGUGGUUGAAUCAUCACCAAGUGCCUCACAGAUCCCUUCCUACUUGUUGAAUAGGAACCUCUUUCCAGUCUGUCUUCUCAAUAGUUUCACAACAAACCAUAAAAGUAUUUUUAAAGUUUUUUUUAAGAAAUGUAACUCAUGAUGAAUGCAAAUUGUGAAAAGUUCAGAUCUUUCUAAAUUGUAAAUUUAAAUGUCUACCAGACCAGGUAGUAAUGAUGGUAAAAUGUAUGUUACUAUUCAAUAUAAAUUUUUUUCUAUGUAUCAUCUCCCUUUGCAUUCAAAGAUGACACAUCUGACUAAGAAAAGGCAUUCUCUGACUUCCUUUACCUUUUGCAGUUCAGCCGUUUUUAACAGACCUCAUAACCUUUAAAUGUUCUGCUUGUUAAAUUUGUUGAUUAAAUUGAAUUGCCCCUAUUUUAUUCAGGACUUUUGCAUAUUAUGACUGAUCUUCCCUUGUCCACAGCUGAUCUACGUAAUGUUAUGUAAUGUUUUGUUGCAUACUUAAUACUUUUCUUCCACUUUCCCUGCCUAUAGUUUAUGCUUUCGACAGUUUGAGAUUCCUUUGGAGUCCAUUCUCUGCAUCUUUUCAUAUAUAGAUUUACUUGUCACAGUCCAGGACCUCAUUGCAAGUGGUUCUCUUCCCCAGUUUGAUGAUGUUCACAGAGGCAGGUAAGUGACAUAGCUGGGGCUGGAUGUAAACAGAAUCAGAUCUUACAUUUAUAUAGGACCACUUCACUAACUUCUGCUAAAUUCUGGAGUUUGAUAGCUCCAAGGGAAAAGGAGCUAGGAAUGUGGAAUUAAAUUCCCUGGAUUAGCAUCCAUGACAGGAAGGAAUGAGAUGUUUGAGUUGAUUCUUUUUUUGUUUUCUGUUCCUAGAAAUAAUGUGCAUUUUUAGUCAUUAACAUUUUGGUCUUGCUUACUUUCAUAUUCCAGAAAAUUUUAUACCUCUUUUAAAAUAAAUUGGUGGAAUGCCCCUGAUGAUAUUUACCCAGAAAGUACCUUGUUCUCCUUUCAGGGAAAUUGAAUUUUACAAAUUACUUCUGGAUGUUUCGUCUAUUAAUUGAUUUCCUUCUGCACCAUGAAAUGACUGUUUCUUCUCCUUUUUUUUUUUUUUUUUUUUUUUUUCUUUUUAGGGCCAACCUAUGGCAUAUGAAAGUUCCCAGAUUAGGGGUUGAAUCACAGCCACACCUAGUGGCCCACACCUUCUGGUCACAGAAGUGCUGGAUCCGAGCUGUAUCUGUGACCUAUGCAGCAGCUUGCAGCAAUGCCAGAUCCUUUACCCACUGGGUGAGGCUAGGGAUUGAACCUGCAUCCUCGUGGACACUACGUCGGGUUCUUAACUUGCUGAGCCACAGUGGGAACUCUGAAAUGACCGUUUCUAUUGUCCUUUUCUGAGUAUUACAUUUGUACUUAAGCCUGCACUGGUCAUUGUGAGUUGUUGAAUUAGUUUGUUUCGCUAAAAAGGACUUUUGGCUUGGGAGAACUAAUCCUGAGUUGAGAAUGACAUCUAGACCUCCAAGCGUUCCUGUUUCUCUGGGCUAGUGCUUAACCCUUUCUAAUCAAAUAUUGACUUCUGAACUAAUCCCAAGGGUUUUUUCCUGACGUUAAUGGACUGAGAGCAGAAAUGCUGCCUUAGUGAGAGAAAUCCAAGAAGCAGUCGGUUUCGUCUUUCCUCAGUCUGCCUGGCCUCUGGGCACACCUUAUCACGGAGACCCAGCAUUUCAGCAGUUUGCGAAGGAAAGUGAUAUGAAGGGACAGCUGCAAGUUAGCCACAAGCUAGAUUUGAAGAGAUCAAGCAUUUAUUUCACUUGGAAGAAAGAGAGAAGGAAGGAAGCUGAGGGCUUAGCAGGGUAAGUUACUUUUCCAUCAGCUCCUCUGCUUGCUUAGUUUAUAGUUGAGUAAAGCAUUUAUCACCCCAAGGAGUGUUAAUCACUGAUUAAGCAGCUGAAUGUUGUCAUAAUAGCAAUGUUCCUAAUGUAUUUCUCCUUUUCUUUUUCCCAACUCCAAUGACUGGCUUAUUCACCCUUCUCUUCCCUAAUUCCCGAAAGACAUUUUUUGUUUGCUGAUUAGAGAAAAUUAGAUGAACCUCCCUGGUUUGGAGAUGGUGAGAAGAUGACGGAUAUAGGUGAAAUUUGAGACUUUUGGUGGUAAGGAGGCCCAGAGAUGGGAGACCUCCCAUCCUAGGUGUGGGAAUAGGCUAAUAUUUUAGGGAAUUAGGUGAUGGAAGGUAAGAGGUUUUGUAGGCCAUUCAGUUCACGUCUCCUCUCCUUUCCAGUCCUUGGUAUUGGUGUUCUUUCUCUUAUAUACUGGAAAUAAAUUAGAGCCCAAGUUACUGUCUUCGUUUCAGUUCAGACCUUUCCCUCUCCCAGCUUGGAGGGUCUUGUGCCUCUCUGGAGGAAAGUUAGAACUGGAGAGCCUGAGUACGCAACUCAGCCAUGAGCCUGAAUUUGUAUACAGACAGAAAUGGAAAGACCUGGCUUCUCAUUCCCACCUUUUUAUCUUCCUGCCAGAAAACUAGUUCAUUUGUAUCAUGAGCCUACUUAGGCACAGAGGAUAACUCUGAUAUCAGGGAUUUCACCAAUACCAUGCCUCCCCAAGAUGUGUGAUCCCUUGACUUAGAGCCAGUUCAGUCAUUCCUCUAUUGAAGUUUAUCUUCUGUUGGAGGAAGACCUCUCUUUGGAGAAGCAGAUAAGUAACUUUCUGGUCUUAAUUGGCUUUUAUUGCAGUAAAAAGGCCUUUGGUUGAAUAUCAGGAAGAUAUUUAUCAUUAAUCCUAGGAUUUAAGACUCGUGAGUUAUCUCAAAGAUACUUUUCCUCUGUAUCUAUAAACAAAAGAACUUUCAAAGUGUAAGAAGGUGGUGUCUUGUUUGAGGGAGUUGGGUAGAUAGAGCAAGCAGAAAAAUGCUUCUUCUAGAAUCGCCGUGAUUCUGGGAAUGUGAUGAGGAUGUUUGGUGGUUAAAAGUAGAGGUAAGAGGAGUUCCCACUGUGGCACAGCAGGUUUAAGAUCUGCAUUGCGUAGCUGUAGCUCAGAUUCUGUCCCUGGCCUGGGGAACUUUCAUAGGCCGUGGGUGCGACCAAAAAAAAAAAAAAAAAAAAAGUAGAGGAAAGAAGUCAGUUUUUGGAAAUGCAACCCUGAGAUGUGAAGAGAGUUCCAUCCACCCUUUGCUAAAGAGAUAUGAUCCUUAAAUCCUAAAAUAAUGUACUAUGUAUAGGUCUAGUUUCUUCUUUAUUGCUGGGAAUAUAUGCAGAUGAGUUUAGUUAUCUCUGUUCUGUGGACUUUAAACCUGUCCUUCAUCUGUGGGAUGAGGGGAGAGAAUAUAGGAGUGGAAUGAAAAGAUGAGAAAGAAAGACAAAGGAAGAUCAAAUUACUUCCCCCCUUAACCUGAGGACAGUGGUUUGCAAGAGCCAUGUUGUAUGAUAAUGGAUAGUAGCUGGAUGAGUUGGGGAGGGAUUUUAUUUGAUUAUUGUCACCUACAUCUCAGCCGAAUGAUGAUUCUUAAGUUUUUUCCUAACAGAUCUGGUCCAAAGGAUUAAAUGUCAGACCAUUUUUGUACCAAGACACAAUCCCUGAUUUGAACGUUAAUAGUUACUUCAUUCAUGGUAAAACCAACCUCUGUCAACAUUUUUAUCCUGUCAUUCCCUGUCUCUGGAGGCAGUUUAUCUGGGAAUAAUUUUUUACCUCUCUCUUUUUUUAAUGUGAAAUUCACAUAAAAUUAAUACUUUUAAAGUGAGUGUUUAAAUGGCAUUUAGUAUAUUCACAUUGUUGUGCAACCACCACCUAUGUCUAGUUCCAAAACAUUUUCAUCACUUCCCGCAAAUAAACACAUAACCAUUAAGCAGCUUCCCCUCUUUCCCCCUUCAACCCCACCUUUGGCAAUCACGGAUCUGCUUUCCGUCCCUGGAUUUACCUGUUUUUGGUAUUUCAUAUGAAGGGAAUUAUAUUAUUGCGUCCUUUGAUAUCUGGCUUGUGUUUUUGACGUUCAUCCACAUUGCAGCAGGUGUCAGUACUUCACCUCUUUUAUAGCCAAAUUUGUUUAUUAAUCUUUUGGUGACCUUUGGUUUAUUUCUACCUUGUGGCUUUUGUGAAUAGUGCUGCUAUGAACGUUUGUAUAUAAGCAUUUUGUUUGAGUACCUCUUUUCAGUUAUUUUGGGUAUACACCUAAUUGAAAUUGCUAGGUCAUGUGGUGCCUCUAUAUUUAACUUUUCAGGGAACUGCCAUAUUAUUUUGCAUAGCAGCUUCACCAUUUUAUAUUUCUACCAUCAGUGCAUGAAAGUUCCAGUUUUUCUGCGGUCUCACCAACACUUGUUCUUUUCUAGUUUUUUGAAAAUAGCCGUCUUAAUGGGAGUGAAGUGGUGAUUAGUGGUUUAGAUUGGCAUUUGAUUAGUAAUGUUGAGGUCAUGUACUUAUUAGCAAUUUGUGAAUUUCCUUUGGAGAAAGGUCUGUUCAAGUCUUGCCCAUUUUUAAAUUGAGCUUUUUAUUUUUGUUGAAUUUUAGGAGUUCUUCACAUAUUCAGGACAUCUCUUAUCAGAAAUAAUGACUUACAAAUAUUUUUUCCCAUUCUAUGGGUUGCCAUUUCAUUCUGUCCUUUGAUGAACUAAAGUUUAAAAAUUUUAAUGUAGUCCCAAUUUAUCUGUUUUUUUCUUUUGUUGCUUGUGCUUUUGAUGUCAUAUUCAAGAAAUUGUCAAAUCCAAUAUCAUGAAGCUUUUCCCCUGUGUUCUUCUAAGACUUUAGUAGUUUUAUCUUUUACCCUUAGGUCUUUAGACCUAACAAUCAAACCCAAACCCUUCUGUUUCACUAGUUCCCAGAAUAUUCCUGUCUGUACAUUUGUAUGCUCACAUUCUUCUUUGUGCUUAGAAUUCCUUUUUCCCUGUCUUUGUGUAUUCUAAGUAUUGACAUAUUUCAUGGUCUAUCUCAACUGCUACCUGCUUCAUAAAGCUGUUAGAGCUCACCAAUUGAAGAAACUUUCUUCUUCUGAUCUCUUAUUAGUACCUUAGUUUCACUUUUUUUUUUUUUUUAAUAUUUCUAAGGCUGCACCUAUAGCAUGUGAAAGUUCCCAGGCUGGGGAUCGAAUCGGAGCUGUAGCUUCCAGCCUACGGCACAGCCACGGCAAUGCGGGAUCUGAGCCACGUCUGCUUCCUACACCACAGUCCACAGCAAUGCUGGAUCCUUAACCCCCCCCAAUAUAGCCCCUUUUGUUUACUCAGCUCUUUUGGAAAAAAAGGGGAGAAGAUGAGCCAGGAAAGGAGGACGUCACAGUGUUUACUAGGUAAUGGGUGGUUCUGAGUUUAAUUCUACUUCAAAGCUCACCUUUUUAGGAAAGUUUUCCCAAUAAUUUGCAUAACUUGCCCUGACUACAUAACUCUUCAGCAUCAUAGUGGUAGCAUUCAUUUUGUAUUGCAUUUGAUUUCUCCUUCUUGGUUUAUUGCUUAUAAAUGUGAUGAUAAGUCUUUAAAAAUGAAUAUUUUCCUUCCCCAACUAGAGUUGAUUGACUAAUUCUCCAAUUAGAUGGUAGUUUUGGACAACCAAAACUUUGGUUGCUUUUUCCUCUAAGUUGAUUUUUAAAAUACAGUAAUAGUAUAUGAAUUUUUUUUGUAUAAAAAGCCACACACAUUACAAAUAAGUCUAAACUCUCCUUUGAACAAUCCAGUUCCCAUCUCAGUGCCUUUCCCUCUUGUAUGAGCCCUGCCAGACCUUUUUAUAAGCAUUUACUCACACAUAUAUUUAUAUUAUAUAACGCUUCACAUAUAACACAUACCUGUAUAAUUACAUUCAUAUGUAAUUAUUUCUCUAUUUUUCACAACUGCUUGUGGUGAUCAAUAAUCCAUAGAUAUGAAAUAAAUCUUACUGAUACCUGGGCCUGAGAGGUUGGAAUGACAAAUGAAAGGUCAAACGUGAAAACACAUCCUAUGUGUCCAGCUUGCAAAAUUCCAUUGUGUAUCUGUUCUACAUACAGUCUACAGGUAUUGUUGGACAGGCCAUGGCUCCACGGUCCCGGCGACGAAGGCACAAGAAACCCCCUUCAUCAGUGGCUCCCGUGGUCGUGACUCCACCUGCCAUUGUGACCCCUAUGCCUCUGGCCCGCUCAGAACCUGGCCCUAGCAUUGAUAUGCUUGGCUUCUUCUCCUUGGAGGAUAAUGUUCCUGGCCUAUCCCAUCUGAUCCUUCAAAAGCUGAACAUGAAAAGCUAUGAAGAAUACAAGUUGGUGCUAGAUGGGGGUACUCCUGUAUCAGGGUUCGGAUAUCGCUGCCUUCAAGAAAUGUUCCAGAAGAUGGAGGACACAUUCCGAUUCUGUGCCCACUGUAGAGCACUCCCUAGUGGCCUCUCAGACUCCAAGGUCCUCCGGCACUGCAAAAGGUGCAGGAAUAUCAGUUUCCCUCCCCAGACAUCCCCCAAUCACCUUUGAGGUACAGGAAUAUCUGUUACUGGGGCUCAUUCUCUCAGGUGCAGAAAUGUCUAUUACUGUGGUCCAGAAUGCCAGAGGUCAGACUGGCCAGCACACAGGAAGGUUUGUCAAGAGCUGCGUCUUGUCGCUGUGGACCGUUUCAUGGAAUGGCUUCUGGUCACAGGUGGAGUGGUGGUAUCGGGAACUCUGACAUAGCAGUCAUAGUUGGUCAUACUUGGAGAAAGAAAUGAAAGCAUGUUGUCAUGAGGAAAAAAUGAGGAACUGAGUGGGAUGGGGGAGAUGGGGCAUUCUUGGUAACAGGUUGGGAGAUGACCAGGGAGAGAAUGUUGAAGCCAGGGAAGGCUUAAGUCACUUCUUACUCCUUCUUUCCUGCAGGUGAUUUUGUCCCACCCUCAGGACCUUGGUCAUGGCCGACUGAAGUUGUCCAGGGCUGGGACACCUGGUUUUCUAUGCGAUGUUUGCAGCUAGAUGCUACACUGGAUGCUGUGCUUAGUAGUCAGGCCAUGACCACCUUGUGGGCCAAUGUCGGACGGCCAAGGCCAGACCCAGGUGUCCUGCAGGGCUCUUUGAAGCGGUUGCUGACAGAUGCCUUGUCCCGGCCCUUGACACUGGGCUUUGGGCUUCGGGCCUUGGGGAUAAACGUUGGGAAGGUCGGGGGAAGCACAGUGCAUGUGAUUGGCGCUUCCCAUGCAGAGACAUUCCUCACUCGCCCCGGGGACUAUGAUGAGCUUGGCUACAUGUUUCCUGGGCACCUUGGCUUCCACAUAAUCAUGGUGGGUGUGGAUGUAGCUGCUGACUUUUCACAGAGCCCCUCCGCUUCACUCCCAGAACCUGGCACAAUUCAGCUUAGUAGCCACAGGGGCCUCUAUCAUGACUUCUGGGAGGAGCAGGUAGAGACUGGGAAGAUACCUCAUCCAGAUUUGGUGGUGGCAUUCCAUCCAGGUAAGAGUCAUUGGUUCAGGGGAAUCCAGGGCAAUCUUUUGGGAAUUUUCCACCCUGACUCUUGUACCUUCGAAACCCCAUUCAUUUGUUCAGGUUAAACAUAAUAUAAUGAAGACCUUGGUUGAUCAUUAGCCAUAUGUGCUACAUCUGAUUUCAUAAUUUUCCAUUGAAGAACCUGGGGUGGGUAAUGGUGGUAAGUGAGCAUUGGAGGUGAGCAAGGUGAGGGCUAGACACAAUCAAAGAAGAAUAUUUCUUAGGGUCUACUGCAGUCCUUCUGCUUUCUAUUCCCAUCUGCGUUUUUUGCUCCAUAGGUUUCCAUGCUUCUGCGGACUUGAUGGAGGCUUGGCUGCCCACUCUCCUGCUACUUCGUGAUUAUGAGAUCCCUACAAUGAUUACUGUUUACAGGUUUUGACCUCUUUCUAUUUUUGAUCUUCCUAUUUUGACCUCCCUGACUUACUCACACCUUUCUUUAUGUAGAUGAGCUCAUUUCUCUUCCCCUUGCUCAACUUCUGCCUUCUGGUGAGGAUUUUCUUCCUUCCCAUACUUAGCUUUCUCAUCCCCUUAAAACAGAGUGCUGUACUAGUUAAUUGAGGAGUUAAUAUAAACAUUUGGGAGAAAGGGAUAGCCAGUGCCUUGUCCAACCUUCGGUAGGUUUGGAGAUUGACGAGUUCAGAAAUACCAAGUUCUGAGCAAUUCCUCUCUCUGUCAUAAUCAACAAAGCACUUUUUCUUAUCUAUCUCCCAUAGCCAUCAGGAGUUGGCAGCCUCUUUGCAGAUCCUGGCGGACCUGGAUACACACAUCACAGCCUAUGGAGCGAACCCUUUCGCCUCCCUCAAACCUGAACAGGUGUACUCCAACCCCAACAAGCAGCCAGUAUAUUGCAGCACUUACUAUAUUAUGUUUCUCGGAAGCUCCUGCCAGCUGGAUAAGAGGCAAUUGGAAGAGAAAGUAGAUGACGGGGUAUAAAUAGCUGUGCCAGAUCCUGACUGGAUGUCUAGAAAAUGGAGAGGUUGUGAUGAAAUGACAUGUUGAUGCCAGGUUAUUACCGACUUUAAAACCCGCUAAAUCCUAAACCUAAUACACUUGUCUAGGUAGAUUCUAAACUGAACGGGAGCUCCUCUAUGAUAUGACUCAUUUCUAAGAGGUUAGCCACACGUAGCUUCUAGAGACAGGAUUCUUGAUUUAGUGUGUGGCAAAAGGCCCUAGUAUCAGUCUUUAGAGCCUAAAGUUCCUAACAGAUUCCUUUGUGAGAAAGUUAUACUUUCUGACUUGAACCACAUGGCACGAAGGAGAAGAAUGGCACCUUAUUCUUCCAAAGAAAAAAUUUUCUUAUAUGGCAAUUUGAGCUCAAAAAUAUAGAGGUAUUAAUGACUUGAAGUGGUGGAAGAAUGAGUAAGUCAGAAAAGUGGUUGGGAUCAUGAGGGAGGUUGUGAGGAUUGCUACCUUGUUCUAUCUUCUGACAUUACUUGCAUAUACUGAAGUUUGUUAUCACCUGGUCUAUACCACAAUAAACUCUGUUUGGAGCUGC